AUGAAAACCUACAAGAUGCUCGAUCCAGUUUAUUCUCCACCAGAUAUUCUCUUCACGAAAGUGCAAACCCUCACAAAUACUUUUAACUUGCAGACGUUGCCCUUCCACAUACAUGAAAUACUCUUCGCAUUCUGUUUCUAUUACACCAUAGAUAUAUAUGUAUCCCAAAUUGUCUCAUGUCGACUCUUUCCAAGAACAUAUACAUCGCUUUCCCAUAGCAACAAAAUCAAUUGGAACAUACAUUUUGUCUCGUUCGUUCAAUCCACAUUGAUAUGCACACUAGCCCUAUGGUUAAUUCGGACGGACGAAGAACGAUCGAACAUGGACUGGACAGGAAGGAUAUGGGGAUAUACUGGGGCUGGUGGCCUCGUUCAAGCGUUUGCUAUGGGGUAUUUCUUGUGGGAUUUAAUGGCUAGUGUGGUCCAUUUUGAUAUCCUUGGAUGGAGCUCGUUGAUACAUGCACUUUGCGCGCUUUUAGUGGUUGGCAUUGGUUUUAGACCAUUCGCAAAUUAUUAUGGCCAAAACUUCGUCCUUUAUGAGCUUUCCACUCCGUUUCUCAAUAUCCACUGGUUCUUCGACAAACUCAAUAUGACGGGUUCCAAAGCACAACUUUACAACGGCAUAAUACUCCUUCUAACAUUUUUCUCGUGCCGUCUCGUUUGGGGUAUAUAUCAAUCUGCAAAAUUAUACCAAGAUAUAUGGGGGGCUUUCCAUACUCCCACUAUAUCCGUUCCAGAAUUCAAGAGCCCUGGAGGCCCAGAAUGGGACAUUUUCAGAUUCUCUAGAGGAUCUGAAGAGUUGGCAUUACCGAUAUGGUUAGCUUGGGGAUAUUUGGGAACAAAUACUAUAUUGACACUCUUGAACAUUUAUUGGUUCAAACAGAUGAUUUCUGCCGUCUUCAAAAGAUUUUCGAGAAAUGAGAAAGUCUCACGAGCAGACAAGAGAGAGUAGGAUUUUAGACACAUCGCACGCUUUGAGCCUCUUCCAGAUCUUUCUAGAGGCUUGCUUAUACAUGUUUCUAGAAGCUCGGAAGAUGUUUAUGAUCUUUUGAAGAUGCCGGGAUGUUUGCUGUCAUGUCCACUAAUCUUAAUACCCAUAUA